UCGACAUUUUUAGAUUGCGGAAAGUCUUGGGUGCUUGUGCUGAAUUGUUUCAAGUGAUUUUUUUCCGUGAUUUGGUGUAUUUUUAAAAAUGCAAAAUAUCCUCAAAUGAUCGCUUCACGUUAUGGAUUAAUAGUCCGUAACAUGAAUUGACGUGUUAAGGGAAACCUUCGACGUAGUCUUGUUGACAGAAAUGAGCAAUCAAGAACAAUCAGCCAUGAGUGGAAAUACAACAGAAAAGAAUGUUCAACAAAUCACAGUUCAGAAGACAUCGGGGACGGCUACGUUCCCGAUAGACUUGGCGCCUGCGAAAAUAGCGCACGUGAAACCAUCGGGCGACACGCUGAAAGUUGCAUCCGUGCAAGGUACUGCACAGCAGGCGACCCCGACCUACCGCACCAUUAGUACGGGCCAGCCCUCUCAAGUUCGCGUUGUCAUGCCCAACGCGACCAUAAUGCCGCAGUCGAUGAUCCCCAAAAUGGACGGAGCCGCAACAGCGCAAGCAGUUCGAGCUCAAAUCACGGCGGUCCCCAAUCGAACCCUGUCGCAGGCUUCGAUAACAGUCACCCGCCCCGCGACUCAGGCGUUCCUACCUCGCGCCGGGACGACGAAUAUCCAGCAACGUCUGGUCACGCCAAUUCGCACGCCCACACCGCCCAAUGUUGCCGGGUUCUCCGGGAACUUUGUACGCGGCACCACUGUGGCGCGGAGCUCAUCGUCGCCGGCCACGACUGUAAUCUCGCCUACAACAGCCACCUGGAUGGCUGCUUCGGGCGGAAGUCCGAUUCAGUUCAUUCGGAACAUCAAUCCGCAGCGGCAGCGACUGGUCCCCACAUCCACCGGUGGUGCCGGAGUUGUUGCCGUCGGGCAAGCCGCCACCUUGGCCAGUGGCCAAGUUCAGUCGCAGCAGGCGCAAAGUCAAGGUAACAUUCAAACGACGACAUCACAGCCAGCUCAGCAAACCUUCGUUGCCACACUCUCGACCGUGUUGCAGCCGCGCCAGCAAACCGCCACGCUCGUGUACACGAACGUCUCCAGCUCGCAGGCCCAACAGUACAAUCCGACGGGCUCGACGCAACAACGAUACGCCGUGGCCGCCGCUACCAUUGCCGGUGGCCAGCGACAAGUGCGGCCGAUCCAGUUGAGCAACCGCGCGUUGUCCUCAUCUAAAAUUGGUAUUCUCCCGCUUCCGAAUGAUGUAAACAUAAGACUAAGAGCACCAAAUCUUCCAGUGCUGGCGCCGACACUGAACACAGGAGCGACCGUCACGAACCUGCAAACGCGUACUUCCACGGGGAAUGUGAAUCUCCCAACGGCGGCGCGUAUCAUUCAGCUACAGCAGCAGCAACCCGGCACGGGCGGACAGCAGAUUCUGGGCGCCGGCCGGAUCCCGAAUAACUUGAUGCUGCAGCCGAUCAUAAUGAGCUCCGGUGGCGGCAAGAUUGCUUCAGGAAUUCGGCCGCAGACAACGAUCUCGAAGGUGCAAUCGUCCGUCACGAUCACACAGCUUGGGCUGGGCAAGCUCCCCGCCGGGCAGACUGGCGUAACGCCCACUGUGACGGCCACAAAUCUCCAAGGUGCGACCAUCACCCCGUCGUCGGCGACAAACGUUGUUGCUUCUGUGACGGCAGGUGCCGUUGCGCAGUCGCCCCAGGCGCAACAGGCUGUGCAACAGCAACCGGCACAGCAGCAACAACAAACGCAACAGAGCCAGCAGCAGGCUCAACAGUCGCAGCAGGGAUCCAGCGUGCCCAACCCCGCUCCGCAGUCUAUAACGCAAAUCGUCAACGUGAACCAAUCAAGCGGGCAGAUCAUCGCACAAAACGUGAACGUUGCCUCCUCCGCGACUGUCGUUCCGCUGGCUAUUCCGUCGCGAACUCCAAAUGUGAUUACCGGCACAAUCAAGGUCGCGACAGCGGCCAUCACUGUGCCACCCGUGGCAAAAGUGAUUCCCCAACAACAACAGCAGCAGCCGCAACAGUCGCAGCAACACCACCAGCAGAGCCAGGGCACGCACUUGUCCAGCCAAAGUGCCAGCGGCCAACAGAGCAGCGACAACUCGACAUCCGUACAACCGCAUCACCAGCCGACUAGCGUCUAUAUCCACACCCGGCCGCCUAGUUCAGGGAAUGCGAGCGGGGCCACCGGCAUCUCAAGUGCUUUCAUCCAGCAGCCGAGCGGCUUCUACUAUGAAUCUGUGCCAGCGAGCUCAGUGACAGUCUCUACGGGCGUUCUCUCCUUAACCACGACAACUGUCACAAGCAGCAUUUCGACCAGCCAGGCAGUGACCUCGACGAGCCUCGCGUCUGCUCUGGCGACGUCCAUUGCCUACAAUCCAACAAGCACAUACACGGUUGUCCCAGCAACCAGUCGAGCUAUUGGCCAGGUGCAAAUCCCAGCCUCAUCCACCGCCGGACAGCCACAGACAAUCAGCCAAAUCCAGGCUGUCCCGCUACGCUUCACAUCACAGCACCUUCAAGAGCAAGCGGUGCCCAUUUCCAGCCAGCCGGCAGGACUGUCGCAGCAAACCAAUCAGCCCCUCCAGCAACAACAUCCCCAGAUCAUCACUAUGUCGCAGCCCCAACAUUCCCAGGCGGGCCAACAAGUACAGCAAACGCACAUGUUGAUCCCAAUGCAGACAAUCAAGUUGCCCGCGGCAGCUGUAGUGGCCCCUUCACCACCACGUCCUACCGCUACUGCAGCCACACUAAGCACAAUAAACUCGGCGUUCUUGCGAAAACGUGACAACGAGGGCUCUCCAAUCCGCGCUGCGAAAAAUCUUGCGCCGACCCUGCUCUCCAUGGCACCGGCACAAGUCUCGAAUUUGAUAGCGGAGCGAGUGAAAGAUCGGGACCGCGAGCGCCCAACAUCGCCACAAUCUCGGCCUGGAUCAUCGGGCGGUUCGACGACUGUGAGCGCAAAUUCAAGUCCCGGAGUGGAUCAGCAGAUGUCCGAAGAAAUGAACUCAAUGACGCCAAUGAAUGUGCGCGUUUCAAACGAGUCGCAUUUUAGUCCCAUCAAUGAUAUGUAUCCGAACCAUCAGAACAGCGUGGGACAGGGGCCACCUAGGCAGCUUCCCGUCCAGCCGCAGCACGUCCAACACCAGCCCUCGUCCGGAUGCAGCAAUGGCACAUUGGAAGCUACUCCGAAGAAGAAACCGAGGCGGUCAAUUGAAAAUCCGCCCGUCCCGCAACACCAACAAUCUCUGGGCCAACACCAUCCCAACAAUCAACAGCUGCAGAAUAACACAGCCAGCAAUCAGCAACUGCCCUCGCAGCAAAGCCAGCAGCAAGUGGGUCCGCACGAAGGAUUCAAGCCGACCAACAACAACAACGCGAGUGUGAUAGCGAGCAGCAAUAAAGAGAACGCCAAGCCCACGGAGAUAAUCAUCAAAAAGCCGCGAACCUGCAACUUGCUUGACGGCUACAAGCAAAACUGGAAGGCGGCGAACAAUCACUUCCAGCGUUACUCGGACGUAAAGCCUCGUGAGGAACGCCCUCCGACUGUGAUGGAUCUUGCGAACCAAGCGCAUGUCGUGCAGAAGAUCAAUGGAUGGAAAAUCUACCACUUGAGCGCUCAAAUGGAAGACUUGUGCGAGAUCGAAAGCCAAGUUUUCGACAAACUCUCGGACAUGCUGAAGCAGCUCGAGUCGCACGGUCAGAGCCAGGACACGGAUCGCGUGAACGACUUGAUAAAGGGCAACAUGCAACGCAGCAAGAUCAUCGUGGACGGCGUGAAUGAGGCCCGAUCGCAAAUCAUGAAAAUCUUCGACCACAAGUCGCACGUGUCGGACAUCAUCCACCGAUGCGCGUCCAAGCGGAAUUUCAAGAAGCGGGAGAAAACGUAAGGCACAGCCCUCGCCACUAACAACACACCCUAGGAGUAAGUCAGCAGCUGGAUUAAGGAUACAAUAUCUAAAGUGUCUGAACCACGUACGAUAGUAGGACGAAGCAAUAUUUUUUCACACACAUACACUCUUAGCGUUUAAGGAGAAAUUCUAGAAUUAGGUCGCAAUAUUGUACAGGAUUUUGACUUUUCUCUAAAAAUUGUACAUUUCGAAUCGUUCGCCCCAAAGCCGCCAAGUUCGCUUUGGUUCCUUCUAAUCAACGAACAGUUUCGGUUUUACGACAACAGUGAAUGCUGAGCAGAGCAAGCCCUUCAUCGUCUCAAUUGUGAUUUCCCAACUACGGGACGAUGUCGCGUUACAAGAAACUUUUAAAGUAGAAAAUUUGCUUUUUUGUCGCCGUUGCGCGCGCUACGGCCCGAUAUACUUAGGAGUCGUUUAGAACGACGAGAUAUGCUUCGUUUAUUAGUUUCGAAAGUUUUGUAUUAAGUUUUCCACGCGUACACUCUCUAUUUUGCGUUUGCGCAUUUUUCUUGAACGUAGCCUUAAGGAUUUAUGCAGAGUAAGCUCUACUGAUUCGUCUUUCUUUGAGAAAUACAAACAUAUUUUUGUUUAACGUUUAAGGAUUGUAUAAAUAUGGAGUUUUUGAAUAAAUAGUAUUUUAUUUGAUGAA